AUGCUCCAGCUUCCCAGUGUACGUGACAGCAGCAACAGCACCACUGACGGUGAGCCACCAACGGUUCACAUCGACGAGGACCAGGACGAGGAUGUCGAGACAGACUUCCUGCUCACGGACUUUGACGCCGACAGCAGCAGCGACACCAACGACGCCAACUACGAUCCAGACACAACAGAUGCAAGUGACACCGAGGCAGGCGCGUUCACAGCAAGCAGCAGCGACGACACCAGCCUCACGGAGCCUGCAAGCAUCAAGCAGGCACUCAAGAGCCAGCAACGCAAGCAGUGGACUCAGGCGUGCUUGGAGGAGAUCGGGGGCCAUGGAGCGCAACGGCCACAGCACCAGCUGCACCAGCUCGACUUCAAGUCGGAUUACCUGCAGGCUGAUCUCAAGGAGGAGCGGUACAGGGAGCAGCCGCCGCACUUCACAGACAUCGGCGACGCCGCUCAACGAUACGCGGCCAAGGUGUGCCGGUUGCUCAAGCCGCCAUACGGUCUCAAGCAAGCGGGCAAUGCAUGGGCCAAGAACCUCCACACCUUCCUCAAGACCAACGGAUGGGCGCAGAGCAACGUCGACGCCUGCCUCUUCACCAAGCUCCACGACGACGGACAGCGCACAUGGAUCAUCACGUACGUCGACGACCUCAUCAUCAGCGGCAGCAGCGAGCGCCACAUCCGUGCCUGCAAGCAGCAGAUCAAGGAGAGCUUCGAGGCAGAGGACCUGGGCCCGCUCACCUGGUACCUGGGCCUUCACCUGACGUCACCAGCUGACGGGGUGUUGCACAUUGCGCAGACUCAGGCCAUCAACGACAUCGUCAACGACUACAACCUGGCAGCGGCAGCCAGCGUGUCCACGCCCAUGCGCGUUGGCAUCGACGCCUCCAGCAUCAGCGAGCAGCCCGACCGACGCCUGCCUUUCCGCAACCUCGUCGGCUCGCUCCUGUACCUGGCCAACCGCACGAGACCAGACGUCAGCUUCGCGUGCGGACUGCUCUGCCGUUACAUGGACCGUUACACGACGGUCCACUGGCAGGCAGCCAAGCACGUCGUGCGGUACCUGAAGGCGACGAGCGAGCACGGCCUCCUCUUCAAGCGACGCAGCGGCACGCGCAAGGACCAACCGCUGGACCUGGUGUGCUACAGCGACGCCAGCUUCGGCACAGACCAGCUGACGGGCCGCUCCACGACGGGCUUCACCUGCUACAUCAACGGCUGUCUUGUGUCUUGGAGCAGCCGGCUGCAACCCACGGUUGCGCUGAGCACCGCCGAGGCCGAGUACAUGGCCAUCUCCGCAGCAGCGCAGGAUGUCGUCUUCCUGCGGCAGCUGCUCAUGGACCUCGGCGAGCCCGAGGCUGGAGCCACCAAGAUGCUGACAGAUAACCAGGCGGCCAUCGCCAUCGGCAACGACCACGUCACCAAGCCGCGCACGAAGCACAUCCGGGUACGCCACCACUUCGUGCGGGAGCUCAUCGCCGACGGAACCAUUGUGCUGCAGCACUGUCCCGGCACGCAGAUGGUUGCCGACGCGCUGACCAAGGCACUGGACAAGCAGACCUUCGAGCAGCACCUGCCACGACUGCGUUAUCACCUUCUGCGCGAGCUCAUUGGCGAAGGCGUCGUCAAGGCAGUGUAUGAACCCGGCACAAAGCUGCUUGCAGACAUGCUGACGAAGGCCCUGCCUCGUCCAUCUCUGACGCAGUGCCGAGAGCAACGCGUGGAGACCUUCGCCAUCCACCACGAUGCCCUCAUGCUGCAGCCCGAGGACGAGGAGGAGGGCCACGCCAUCGGACCAGUGCCACCACAGCUGUGGCUCGCUGACAGCGGUGCCACGGCGCACAUCACCAGCGACGCCUCCCUCCUCACCAACUACGUCGCCGUCACGCAGCACAUCACCGUUGCCAACAGCCAGACCGUCACGGUCAUCGGCAAGAGCGACGCCGUGCUCCGCGUGACUGGCACAGACGGCGCUCCAGGCACCAUCACGCUGAAGAACGUGCUGCAUGUCCCCGACAUCAAGUACAACCUUCUGGCGCUGAACCUGGUGACUCGCGCGCGUCGUGGUGCUUCCGUCGUCAUUGCUGCGGACGACAGCCGUAUCCAGUUUGCCACAUGGAGCGUGCCUCUGCUGCCGUCCAAGGACACCGGCCAUCUCUUCCUCUACGCCAGCACCACGACCUCCCAACAAGCCACGGCGCUUGCGGGGGAGCUCGUGCACAGCAGCGAUGGGGAAGCCGAGGAUGCUGACGAGGGCGCCUCUGCACACGACGUGCUAGGCCAUCGCAGCAGCGCGGCCGUCGACGCCAUUCGGCAGCAGAUCGCCCAGGCCUCUUCCAAGCACAUCGUCACCUGUGGACCAUGUGCGCUUGGCAAGAGCACGCGCGCCUCCAUCCCGAAGCAGUCUGCUCCACGCAGCGCUGGGCCAUGCCAGCUGCUCUACGCAGACAUCGCCGGUCCGCUGGAGGAGACGUCGCUGCGAGGUGCACGCUACGCGCUGACCUUCAUCGACGACUGCACGCGCUUUGCCUGGACGUUUCUCAUCCGGCACAAAAACGACAGUCAGGACUUCACCGACCUGUGCCUGGCCUUCGACAUCAAGCAGCGCUUCUCGCCACCGCACUCGCAGGCCAAGAACGGAUCCGCAGAGCGCACUUUCCGCACCCUCUUCGAGACGGCGCGUACGAUGCUGUUUGCUGCGGACCUGGACAAGCCGUUCUGGGGCUUCGCCGUGCAGCACGCCACGCUGCUGCACAACAUCGCGCCACGCAGGAGCCUCAAGGACAAGUCACCGUUCGAGGCCCUGACUGGGCACGCCUUCGACGUCAGCCUGUUGCGCGUCUUCGGCUCGCCGGCCUACGUGCAUGUGGAGAAGAGCAGCACGCGGCACAAGCUUGACCCACGCUCACGCGUCGGCGUCUACGUUGGUUUCGCCGAGGAGGACCAGGCCCACGUCGUCUGGAUGCCGGACACGCGACGCGUUGUCCACACCAUCCACGCUCGCUUCGGCGCCAUCAAGAACAAGGACGUCGCCUCCUCUCAGCAGCAGCAAGAGCAGGACAACAGCGGAGCCUCUGCUUCGCAUGCCAACAAGAUCGCUCAGCGUUCAACCGAGGACAGUGCCACCGGCGCUCCCACUGCACCACGUGCGGGGGAGCCGCAGCUCCAGCCACGCGCCCUUGGCGGCUCCGUCUGGGACCAGCUGCUGGUGUCCGAGACCCUCGGCGACAAGGACACCUCUGGUGGCUCAACCACCACGUGUCACGUUGCCACCAGCGCUGCUGGUACGGGGGAGAAGACAUCAGCAGUGGGUGGUCAUCUACCAGACAUCGCUGCUGGCAGUGUUGCCACAUCAACUGAGCCAGCCACCGUCAAGGAGGCGCUUGCCUCGCCAGACUCUGAGGAGUGGCGCCAAGCCAUCCUGGACGAGUUUGCGGCAAUGCAGGCCAAUGACGUCUACGACGUCGUGCCUCGCGCUGACCUUCCCAAGGGCCACAAGCUGCUCCGCAGCAUGGUCAUCUUUCGGAAGAAGCGUGACGACCAGGGCAAGGUGAUCAAGUACAAGGCGCGCUGGGUUGCCAAAGGCUACUCCCAGGUCCACGGUGUCAACUACACGGACACCUUUGCCCCGACGGCUACCAUCUCAGCCAUCCGCACCACGCUCGCCAUGGCCGUCGCGCGUGGCAUGGACAUCCAACAGAUGGACGUCAACACGGCCUUCCUCAACGCGCCCGUUGAUCACGAGAUCUACGUCCAGCCACCGGCCGUCGACGGCAUCUUCUCGCCGAAUACGGUGCUGCGCCUCAAGCGCGGGCUGUAUGGGCUGAAGCAGAGCCCGCGCCUGUGGAACCACACGCUGGACGCCUGGAUGCGCGAGCAGGACUUCGUCGCCACAGCCACGGACGCCUGCAUCUACCGCCGCACCUGCAAGGGUGGCAAAGUGAUGUGGGUUGCCGUCUACGUGGACGACCUGCUCAUCUUCGCCGACAGCGACAGCGACAUGGCCGCGUUCAAGAAGGCCAUCUCUGUAGAAACACGACAGGUGGUGUGUGUGUUUACUGUAGGCAAACGCAACAAACAAGAACACAAGGAGAAUGCACAAGUACAACAAGCUUCUGCCUAA